UCUGGAUCUUCGAUCGAAGCCUCAUCACGUUGUGGCUGUUGUCUUCUCCAUCUUCUUACUGGCUGUCGUCCUUGCAACAACGAAGCAAGCGCGCCUCUACAUGGACAUCCGACAUGGGCACAUCAAGUAGUCACGAGGUUCGCCAGAUGGUGGACGAGGCCGUCGUUGCUCUGCGGUCCGGACAGCCGCCGCCGCCGCUGCCGCCGCAGCAGCAGCAGCAGCAGCAGCAUCAGCCGUUCCGACGUAGGCAGCUCCGCGAGGUGAUAUCCCUCGACGACGACAUUGUGGUCUUGGACGAGGGGGUCGUCAGCGGCGGUAACGGUGGCGGGGGGUUUCACUACAUAGAUUACGACACCGACGGCGUUUGGGAACCUUCCUGGAGCUCGGACUCUGAUACAUCGGCCUGCGAGGAAUGCUGUUAUUGUUUGACCCUCAAGGGGAGCGAGUGCUGCUACGAUAUCGCAGAGUGCUGCAAUAGCGGUACGAAGGACUGUUGUGCGUCGGGACGCAAGAAGUGCGGUGCGAAGGCAAACAAGACGAAGAAUAAGUGCAAAGAGUGCGAGAAGAUACAAAAGUGUAAGAAAUGUAGGAAGAAGGGAUCUUCGCUUUGGAAUCGCCCCAAGGAAAGAGUCGACUGGGGUGGCGACGUCGUCGGGUUUUCGAGGCGUCCUGGUGAGCAAGACCCGCAGAAAUGGGGCCUCAAAGUCGACGGCCAUUCCUAUCUCGCCAAUCCAGGGAGCGAAUCGGCUACGCAUGUCUGCGGCGGGACCUGCUCCUGCGGACGACGACGACGACAACAGGCAGUUCGACAUCGGACAGCGCGGAGACGCCUGGACGAUAUUCUGGGUCGCGAGGACGAGUUGCAACCGCAGCCCGGCCGGAGGCGCACACUGCUGUUCGACGAGUUUGAGGCGUUCCCUGCUGGUAUGUCAGGCGGCGACCGCCCCGAGGAUGAAUAUCAGUACCAUGAGCGAGAUGGACUCGGGGAAUCGAGGUGGGAGCCGAGGACAAGGAGGACGACGAGAACGAGGGCAAGAAGGGACGGGAGCGUCGACGAGGAAUUCUUCAUGAUGCAUGGUGCGUUGGGGGACGGUGACCGUUAUAGGGACCUCGGGGACGGUGGCGGGCACGGAGGGAAUAGGGGGCGGGCGAGAAGCUGGGAUAGGAGAUCGGAUCUGGAUGAGAGGGUCGGGGAGAUUGACGACUGGUCCGAGGGGAGCUCAUACGCGGUUGGGGAAAGGGACAAAUUGGUCGUUUCGAGGAGGGAGGAAGGUGGAAGGAGGAUUGUGCGGUUUGAAAGGUUUUGA